CAAGAAAACUUAGGCAAACAGUUGCUAUGGAGUUUUUUAUUCUGGAUUAUUCACAACACCUACAGUCAAAGCUAUAUUCAGGCAGCCUAGCACCAGAUUGAGUACUGCAGACACUGCCUUGACAUUCAGUAAGAGGCUUCUAUUUCUGGACGACUAUUGGGUAGCUCAAAGUAGCUGCAUAGUCCCAUGGUUUCUGGAAAGUACGUUUUCAUUCUAUGGAAUUCUAGAAUCUCAGUCAGAAGGGUCCCUUAAAAGAUCUAUCCCAACCUUGACUUGCAGCCUAAAUUUCCAUUUUUAUUUUUUUUUGCGCAUUUUAUCUACUUCACGUUUGUUUUCUGUUUACAUAAUAUUUCUCUUUUCCCACAACCUCUAUGAAGCACCGGAGCCAAAAGUCAUCGGUUUGCCUUAGACAUCUACUCUUUGGGAACUGUUUAAUUUAAAACUCCAAGGCCUUCUGGCUUUCGACAGUGCUGGGAUUCCCAAAGUGAGGGGAAAACGUAAUUGGAACUGCUUGAGGGGAAACUGAACUUGAGACAACAGUCAGGGUUGAAAAACAGCAAGCGUCAGAAAACCAGAACUAGAAUGUCGAGCGCGUAGUUAUCUUUAAGAGUUUUAAGUUCUGACAUCAGAACCAAAUUAUGAAAUCCUUUAGAUCUCUCUUCAUCCGGUUAAGAACUCUACGCCUGGGGUGGGAUCUGGAAGUCAGAGGUAAAGUCUUGGUCAAGGACCCAGCCUGGGGUGGGAACAAGGAUGAGGGGGGUGAGCUGCGUAGAGAAAAAGAAUCUUGAAAGGGAGGGGCCCUGCAGAGAGGAGGGGAACCAUAGGGAGAAGGAAGGGAGAGGAGGAGGAAAGAAGGGGGAUGAAGUAGAGAAAGGGGAGAAGGGAGAGAGAGAAAAAGGGGCGAGAAGGGCUUAAAGCUCAUACUGAGACUUCCUUUUGACUGGGCGCACUGAGUGGAGGGAGGUAGGUAGCGAGCUUGAGGUGAGAAGAGAAAGAGCGAACACUUUUGGGGGACCGCUCCUCUGGACCGACUAGGAGGUUUCAGUAUCAGGAGCUGGAGGCGGGGGAAGUGUAGAGAGGGAAGGGGGAGGGAAAGCAGGAGGAGGAGGAAGGAGGCUGGGAGGAGGAGCCGCUGCCUCCGCGUCAGAGAAGCCUCGCACUGCCCAAUGGCUCAGACCCCAGAGUGAGCUGCUAGCAGAGGAGCGAAGCCGCGGACCAACGCCGGGACUGGCUGGGGAGCUUUUCGUUCUGGGCUGUGCGGGCCAGGCGCAACCAUGUCGGAGAAAGAAACCGGGAGCGAUGCGGGGCCCAGAGAGACAGCCCCUACAUCAACAUACUCAUCUCCUGCAAGAAGUUUGGGAGAAACAGGAAUAACACCACUAUCUCCUUCCCAUAUUGUGAAUGACUCAGAUGCAAACGUCUCUGAAGAGCAGUCAUUUCUUGUGGUCGUUGCUAUUGAUUUUGGCACUACAUCCAGUGGCUAUGCUUACAGCUUCACAAAGGAGCCAGAAUGCAUUCAUGUCAUGAGGCGAUGGGAAGGUGGAGAUCCUGGUGUGUCUAAUCAGAAAACACCAACUACAAUUUUAUUGACUCCAGAGAGGAAAUUUCAUAGCUUUGGUUAUGCAGCCAGAGAUUUUUACCAUGAUCUGGACCCAACUGAAGCCAAGCAAUGGCUUUACUUGGAAAAAUUCAAAAUGAAACUCCAUACCACUGGUAAUCUCACUAUGGAGACAGAAUUGACAGCAGCAAAUGGGAAGAAAAUCAAAGCACUUGAAAUCUUUGCUUAUGCCCUACAGUACUUUAAGGAACAAGCACUGAAGGAACUGAGUGAUCAAGCGGGCUCUGAGUUUGAAAAUUCUGAUGUCAGAUGGGUCAUCACAGUUCCUGCUAUUUGGAAACAGCCUGCCAAGCAAUUCAUGAGACAGGCUGCCUACCAGGCAGGGAUGGCCACCCCUGAAAACCCAGAACAGCUAAUAAUUGCCCUGGAACCUGAAGCAGCCUCCAUCUACUGCAGGAAACUUCGCCUCCACCAGAUGAUAGACCUGAGCAGCAAAGCAGCUGUCAAUGGUUACACCUCCAGUGACACUGUAGGAGCUGGGUUUGCACAGGCUAAGGAACACAUCCGUCGUAAUCGGCAGAGUCGGACCUUUAUGGUGGAAAAUGUCAUAGGAGAGAUCUGGUCUGAAUUGGAGGAAGGUGACAGGUAUGUGGUUGUGGAUAGUGGAGGAGGCACAGUGGAUCUCACUGUCCAUCAGAUCAGAUUACCUGAGGGACACCUUAAAGAAUUGUACAAGUCAACAGGUGGACCAUAUGGUUCCUUGGGAGUAGAUUAUGAAUUUGAAAAGCUUCUGUGUAAAAUAUUUGGAGAAGAUUUUAUUGAACAAUUUAAAAUUAAACGUCCAGCAGCCUGGGUAGACUUAAUGAUUGCUUUUGAAUCCCGCAAACGGGCUGCUGCCCCAGACAGAACCAAUCCCCUAAAUAUCAACCUGCCUUUCUCCUUCAUCGACUACUAUAAGAAGUUUCGAGGUCACAGUGUGGAACAUGCCUUGAGAAAAAGCAAUGUAGACUUUGUGAAAUGGUCAUCCCAGGGAAUGCUAAGGAUGAGCCCAGAUGCAAUGAAUGCCCUUUUUAAGCCAACAAUUGACAACAUCAUCGAUCAUCUCCGGGACCUGUUUGAGAAGCCUGAGGUGACAGAUGUCAAAUUUCUCUUCCUGGUGGGUGGCUUUGCAGAGGCUCCUCUCCUGCAGCAGGCAGUCCAGUCAGCCUUUGGGAACAAGUGCAGAAUCAUCAUUCCUCAGGAUGUGGGGCUCACCAUCCUCAAAGGAGCCGUCCUGUUUGGGCUGGACCCUGCUGUCAUAAAGGUGCGGCGCUCGCCUCUGACCUACGGAGUAGGAGUCCUAAACCGAUACGUGGAAGGGAAGCACCCACCGGACAAACUGCUGGUCAAAGACGGCACUCGAUGGUGCACCGAUGUCUUUGAUAAAUUCAUUUCAGCAGAUCAGUCUGUGGCCCUCGGGGAAACCGUGAAACGUAGCUAUACCCCUGCCAAGCUCCAGAUGCUCAUCGUGAUCAACAUCUAUAGUGCUGAACAAGACAACGUCAACUUCAUCACCGAUCCCGGGGUGAAGAAGUGCGGCACUCUCCGCCUGGAUCUCACCGGGACCAACGAUACCCCCCUGCCCACUCGGAGGGAGAUCCAAACAUUCAUGCAGUUUGGGGACACUGAAAUCAAAGCCAUUGCCAUUGAUAUUCCCACCUCUAAGAGUGUCAAAGCUGGGAUAGAUUUCUUAAAUUACUAACUCUCACCCUUCAUCCCUUCCAUCUCUCGUUUCCUCCCUCUCCCCCCUCACCUUAACUCACUUACCUGCAAUGCUUUGGUUUUGAGGGCUCCAUUCUUUACUUUUCACACUUGCCAUCACACCCACUUGAAUUUCAGAAGGAUAGAUGGAAACAGAAAGAACCAAUAGACAUUGGGAAUUUGGAGGGGAGGGCUGAAAUAUGUUUUAGUAAUGAUUUUGCCACCAUAAGAUUGUCAGAAAUUAAGUAUGAUCUAUAGAAAUGAACAAAUUCAGGGAUAGUCAGAGAAGGGCAGCUGGUUCUCACAUAAAUAGAAGUGGUCAAACACUCCUUCAGACAAUGAAAAAGGUUUUUUUUUUUUUUUUUUGCAGCAUUGAUUUAUCUUUUAACAGAUUUAAGUUAAAUAGAACUAAAGCACUUUUAUUAUAAUAUUUUUUAGAUUUAAUGAGAUUCCAGAUCCCAAGGGAUACUCUGAUGUCUAUUAUCAUAAAUAUUUGUGAUUUUUAAAAAAUGUCUUGAAAGGUAAAUAUAAAAAGAAUUACAAGUCUGUAGGUAUUCUCUUUCUUUGUCAUCAUGUUUUUUAAGUGGUGCUUAAUUGGAAGCUUGAAUUGUUUCAUAACCAAUAAGAAAAGACUGCCUAUACUGUGCACUGAUAUUCCAAGUUCAACACAAGAUUUUAAAUUUCACGUGAACAAAAAGUCUUUAAUUUAACAAACUGUAUAUCAAGGAUUCUGCUAAUUCAGAAAUAAUAGCAUGGUGGAGGGAGACCUGAUGUUAAACCCCAGACUAAUUCGGUAUCAAAGCUUGCUCUUAUGUAAAUGGAUUGAGCUGCUAAUAUGUCCAAACAAAAUUCAGAGGUAACACUAGUGAGCUGCUGGUACCUCUGUCAUACACAACUUGAAUGUUGAUGUUAAAUAACAUCCUAUUAGUAACAUAAGUAACUCAUAUAAGAGUCCCGAUGAAUUUCAGUAGAAAAUGCCUAUGAUGUUUCAUAGGAUUAAUUAAUCCUAGCACUUUUAAAGUGUGUAACACUUGAUAAAAAAUAAAUUUUGGGGUCUAAACUUUCCCAUGAAAAUGUUGGCCAUUGUUUUCCCCAUUUAGAGAAGGAAUAAAAUAAGUACACAGUAAGAGACAUGUAAGAAUUGAAGCUCUCCUUUGAAAUGUUUCAUCAAGUUCUUUAGUUGAAAAUGUUUUUCUACCUUAUUGAAGGGGCUUUCUGAAUAUAUACAUGAUGGAUUAAAUUGUAGACUGAAUACAAAGGUGCUCCAUAAAAUAAGCCCCAGGUCUCUUUUUCUGCGGAGGUUAAAGGCUUUUAGAAGCAAGGGUAUACAAAAUUUUAAAAGAAGGGAGGGAGGGAGGGAAGGAGGGAAGGAAAAUGAAGGAAGGAAGGAAAGAAGCAAAGAAGGAAAAAGGGAGGGAGGGAAGGAGAGAAAGAAGAAAGAGGGAAAAGGGAGGAAGGAAGGAAGGGAAGAAAAGGAGGGGGUGGGAGGGAGGGAGAAAGAAAAAAGAGAAAAGGUCAUUAUCAUGAAGACUUGUUGGGAUCAGACUCUGCCUUACUUGAGUUUUCACCUUACCUUUAGUCUUUAGUGUAUAUACACUAAGGAACAAGGAAAGAAAAGAAUUGGAGACAAAAACAUAUGACAAAUUGGUAAUUCUUACCAAAUACAUUUGUGAUUUAAGAUUUUUUUUUAAAGUUAACAUAUUCUUUCAUGAUUUCUCCAAAGGCAUCCUCAUACAAAACCCAGGACCAAACCUCCAAAAUGAUUGAUUGUAUGAACCUGAGUCACAAUCCAUCUGACUUUUCAAAGCUGUAUUUUCUACCUGAUGGAAUUCAUUAAGCUUUAAAGCUGCUGGAGGUUUCAUGAAUGAAUAGAAAUUUUUAUUUAAAUGCAAUUUGGAACUACAAACCUAUUAUCAUUGCUAAUAGAUUCUCUAAAUGACAUUUCAAAAUUUCAUUGAACAUUUUACAUUUUGUCCUUGUUUCCAUUUUAACAUCUUUUUGUAGAAUUCCUACAUAGAAUGUGAAACAUGAAAUACUAGUAAUAAAUAAGAAUGCUAGUCACAUAACUCAGCAUAAAGAUUUCUUCUACAAUUAUAGAGGUAUGCUUGCUAGCAUUCAACUUCUUGCUGCCUGCUAUGCUUAAAAAGCUAAAUAUUACAGGUUUUUCUUUGGUGUUACCAACCAGAGUUUACAAAUAAGGAAGACUUUGCAAUUUAACCACGAACAAUAUAAUUUUAUGUACAUACAAUAUUUGAAUAAUGUACAGAAUCUUUAUUUCUACAAGGCUUCUUGUAUAAAAAUGCUCUUUGCUUUUUGUUGAAUGCAUUUCACUCCAAAUUGUUACUGAUAUCAUUUCAAUCAUUCUAGUUAAUAACAGGCUUUUAAAAUUGUAAACAAUGCAAUAUUUAUGGAAGGAAAACUGACCAAAGAAAUGAGAGAGAUGGUAGGGUUAAAUAUUGUUGUGAGUGAAUUGUACCCAUCAGUGAUCAGUACACAGGUCAGAGGCAGCAGCAGCCUACAUUCUUUCAAACACUUCACUAUUUUCUUUUAAAAGAAUGAGAACUAAUCUCAGAUGACUAUUUCUGUCACAUACUUGAAAGCUUAGCAUUCUGACGUCUGUAGGCAGUCUGACUUUACAUAUAAAAUAAAACCUAUUUUUCAGCUCCUGGGUUGACAUGGGAAACUUUGAUGAUCCUUGAAGCCCCUGCUUAUUGGCUGAAAAAAUAAAAAUCCAGUCCAUGCAAGUGGCAUUUUCAGUGUGUUAGCAUGUAAAGGAGGGGAAAGAAAGAUGGAUUGCUCCAUCUUUUCUUCAGUUAAAGUAUGAAUAAAGUAUUCAAAAGUGGGAUUGCCUUUUGAAGGGACUUUCCCUCUAUCCAGACCUUUCUCCUUUUCCUAUUGUCAAUAUUCUCUUGCCUUGCAUUCAAGAUAUUUCUCUUUAAAUCAGGUAGAUUAGAUCACAAACCCAAUGAACUGUAGUGUGGGCAAAUGUGAUUGAAUAGGACCUAAAAUUCUAUUGGACUCUGGAAAUGCAGCCCUAUUAGACAAACUCAUUAUGAAUUUUCAUAUAUCUAGUAGGUUUUAAAAAAUUCAUAUUGAAACUUCCUAGAACUAGAUCACUCUACUUUAAUGAUACAUGUUCUGAUCUUAUAGAAAGUUUUGAAAAAGUGUCUUCUUGACCCACUUUUUGAAUUGCCCCUCUGAUUGUCAUCUGGGUAAUUGAAUCUUAAGUAUCUUGAAGGUAGGGAAUAUAGAAUUUUCUUUGCAACUUCCCCACUCCGCACCCACCAAGCAUGAAUAAAUGUUAUUGAAUGAGUAGACAAAUAACACUGAUAGGAAAUGUUAAAAUAUAUUUCAACUUGAGUGGAAGUUGGCAUAAAAUGUUCAAGUCAACUUUGCAGUGAUGACUGUGAGAAAAGACUACAAAUAGACCCUAUCCCUUCAAUAUUUAGGUCAAGUUUAGCUGUUAAGGGUCCAGGUCCAGCUUAGGCUGCUUAUUGUCAAUAUGUUAAGGAAUUGUAUGCACCGAUAUAAACUGGAGUCAAUAAUGUUCAUAUGGGAAGGUUGGACUUCACGCUGCAAAGACUUAGAAGCUGUAAAACACUGGUGGUUCACGCUAAAAAUGGCUUAAGCAGAUGACUGGUAGAAAGAGUUGUUGAGCAUAAUGUAAGACUUCUCACCUGCUUGGAGUACUAAACAAUAUAAUAAAAUAUCAAUCAUUGUGCAAAAGGGAAAUGUGAAUCUCACUUGGCAGCAACUCACAACUUGUCAGGACUGUAUCUGCAAACUCCUAUGUCUUCACAGGUGUCUAAUAAAGCAAAGUAAAGCUCUUGA